AUGAAGAAAUUUCUGAAACAGUUUGGUUUUGGGUAUGAUGUCAUCCACGUAUGCAAGAAUGACUGCAUUUUGUAUAGAAAAGAGUUUGAGGAUGCAGUCAGCUGUCCAAGAUGUAGUGAAUCAAGAUGGGAGAAGGAUAAGCAGACUGGUGAGGAGAAGAAAGGGAUUCCUGUUAAGGUGCUUAGGUAUUUUCCGAUUAAAGACAGGUUCAGGAGAAUGUUUAGAUCAAAGCGGUUGGCAGAGGACUUGUGUUGGCACUCCACUAAUGCUUCUGAAGAUGGAACUAUGCGUCAUCCAGUAGAUUCAUUGACUUGGGCUCAGAUAAACAACAAAUGGCCAGAGUUCGCUGCUGAAGCAAGAAACCUAAGACUAGGAAUUUCAACAGAUGGCAUGAAUCCGUUCUCUAUCCAGAACACGAAGCAUAGCACAUGGCCUGUUCUAUUAGUCAACUACAAUAUGGCUCCGACAAAGUGUAUGAGGUCCGAGAACAUCAUGUUGACAAUGUUGAUACCUGGUCCAACCGCACCUAGCAACAACAUUGAUGUAUAUCUACAGCCAUUGAUAGAGGACUUGCAUGAUUUGUGGACAGAAGGUAUGGAAGUUUAUGAUUCGUUUAAGAAGGAGAGUUUUACACUUAGAGCUAUGUUGAUGUGGAGUAUCACCGACUAUCCUGGUUUAGGCACAUUAGCUGGGUGUAAAGUGAAAGGGAAGCAAGCGUGUAAUGUCUGCGGGAAGGGUACACCUCAUAGGUGGCUAAAGUUUAGUCGCAAACAUGUUUACAUGGAGAACUGGAAGCGGCUCAGGCCUAGUCAUCCUUAUAGAAGAAGGAAAGGAUGGUUUGACAAUACAGUGGAGGUUGGUACUGCAAAUAGGAUUCAGAGUGGCUGCGAUAUAUUUGACAGUCUUAAGGACUUUAAAAACGAUUUUGGGAAACCUUUACCUAAGAAGAGUAAGCGGAAAAGGAUAGAAGGAGGUGAAGAUGAUGUUCUUUCAGCUGACGACCGUGAGGAAGAUGAUGAUCUGUGGCGGUGGAAGAAAAAAUCUAUUUUCUUUGACUUACCUUAUUGGAAGGAUAUGCCUGUGAGGCAUAACAUCGACGUCAUGCACGUCGAGAAGAACGUGUCUGAUGCGUUGUUGUCUAUACUGAUGCAUAGUGCGAAAUCUAAGGAUGGACUGAAAGCAAGAAAGGAUUUAGAAGAGAUGGGUAUUAGAAGCAACUUACAUACACAAGCUAGGGGGAAGAAAACUUACUUGCCUCCAGCUGCGUAUUGGCUUUCAAAGGAAGAGAAAAGAAAGUUCUGCCGAAGGUUAUCCAACUUCAGAGGCCCUGAUGGAUACUGUGCCAAUAUAGCUAACUGUGUCUCACUGGAUCCUCCUUCUAUUGGCGGCAUGAAGUCACAUGAUCAUCAUGUUCUUAUGCAGAAUCUCUUACCAGUAGCGUUGAGAGGUUUACUUCCAAAAGGACCUCGGAUAGCAGUGACUCGCAUAUGCAAUUUCUUCAACAGAAUCUGCCAACGCAUUCUUGAUCCAGAGAUGCUACUUGCACUAGAAACAGAGAUCGUGGAGACAAUGUGCCAGCUAGAGAGAUUCUUCCCACCUGCAUUAUUUGAUAUCAUGUUUCACCUUCCACUGCAUCUGGCAAGAGAAGCACGCUUAGGUGGCCCUGUCCACUUCAGGUGGAUGUACCCAUUCGAGAGGUAUAUGAAGACACUUAAGGCAUAUGUGAAGAAUUUCGCAAGACCUGAAGCUUGUAUGGCUGAGGGAUAUCUUGCUGGUGAAUGCCUCGCAUUUUGUAUGGAGUUCUUGCAAAAGAAGUAA